GUCACUGCCUUGACUGACUGUAUAAGGCCAAGUGCAAAAGUCACGGAUGCGUUUCAGUUUAAAUAAUUAACUAUUUAUGUAUAUAUAUAUACCCAAAAUAUUAAGAAAUUUCAGCCUGUUUUCGUUUAUGUGAUUAUAGUGUAUAAUAAUAAAUACUGGAGAACAUUUUUUCUUGAAAAAUUGGAAUUAUAUUAUUUAAUGAGGCACCAUUGCUGUGAGCGAAGCGGGGCUCGUAUUCAACCAAACAAAUGGCAGACGUAAAGGGGAGGUAAUGCAAAACUUAAGUUGCCGCUUUGUACAAAACAAGAAUCAUGAGACUAGAAAUCCUGAUAAUCGUGAACACCAUAAUAAAAGGGAUGGCGUUGUUGAAAAUCCCGACAGCAUGUACAAACGUAGGACCUAUAAACUUCAUAGACGAAGCAAUGCCAAGAAUUGGACACCUACCGGAAGGGGUCAGUGUGGUUUAUGACGUCAAAAGUCACGUGCAUGCUCUCCAGUUUUUACCGGAAAUGGAUGAAAUAAAGUUUCCAACCACCGCCAUAUUUAAAUCUUGCCAGUAUUUACCAGAAGAAUUUUCAGUAUUUUUUAUUUUAAAACAUGGCCAAUCGUACUUAAAAAAAGAAUGUGUAUUCUCAAUAUCGACUCCGCAUAGAACAUAUGUGUCUGUGUGCAUGACAAGUAAAAAGAUAAUUUUUACAUAUAACAACAAAAAAUCUAAAUUUAGAAACGCAAUACUGACUGACAGCAAAUGGCAUACAGUCGGCUUUAGUGUCACCGGAAGUCAUGUAACAAUGACAACCGACUGUCUACAUAGAAGAAAGCAUAAGUUGAGAAGAAAUUUCCCAAGCUUUCUUGAAAUUCAGAAUUCUGUGAUAAGAAUAGCAAAGUGUGAAUCGUGCAACUCAGCAUUUCAGGGCUUACUGAAAGAUGUCAUAUUUGUCCCCGGUGCUGAUGUUGCAAGAAGGACCUGCCCUCCAAAAACUCCCAGAAACGCUUAUAUGGAUAACCAUAUCCCGACUGACCCAGACACCCAUAUUUCUAGUUAUUCCUCUGUUGGUCCGGAUUGGGCCGGAUGUAAAUGGAUGGAUGUUGGUAACUUAGCGUUUGACGUAUACUCGAGGUCGAUCAAAGUGUGUGUAAACGGCAUUUGGAAACACGUAUCCACUGAUAUGCCAGUAGAAAAACCCGCUUAUAGACAGCUAGAUUUUCUCCAAGUGCAUCAAGACAUCAUAACGCCGUCUGCUUCUAUAGACAUUGAACUAUUCCAUAUGCCAGGAGAAGGUCUCUUCGCUGUUUUUGCAAAUUCAAACCCCGUAGCAAGCAGAGCACGUGGCGUUUCCGGUUUAUAUAAAUGGACGGAGAAGAACUUCCGGUUGUAUCAGAGAUUGCCAUCAAUAUCGGCUCAGUGUUGGCGUCAUUUCACUAUAGGAGAAAAUUUUUAUCUUGCCGUGGCUAAUUAUGGAAACGACACAAGUAAGCUUACGAAUUCCACGAUCUUUAAAUGGCAUCGACACCGCCGGAAGUUUCGUGAAUUUCAAGCGAUCGGGACCUACACAGCACGUGAUAUGGAAUACUUCACAAUUGAUAAUGAGCAUUACCUAGCCAUUGCAAACCAUGCUAUAGGACCAAACCAAGAGGUUGACUCCGUUAUUCUCAAAUGGGACAGGGCGGCAAGGCGGUUUGUGGAUUUUCAGACAAUUACAACAACCGGCGCAUACGACUGGACAUACUUUAGAGUGCAGGAGUACCAUUUUCUAGCUAUUGCUCAGGCGUUUAAUGGAAAGACAACUCUGAUGGAUUCUCUUAUAUAUGUCUUUCAGAAGGACAAGUUCCUUCCCUUUCAAACAAUCGAGACGAACGGUGCCACCGACUGGGAAUUUUUCACCAUAGAAGAUGAAGCAUUUCUCGCUGUUGCAAAUGCGUACAAUUACGGACCUCAGAACUUCCAAAAUCAGGACACCUACCAGACAAACUCGUCUAUAUAUAAACUGGACAUAGGAAAACGAGCGUUCUUUAAAUAUCAGACCUUUGUAACGAACAGUGCGAUUGACUGGGAACACUUUAUGUUAGGAGAUGACCACUACCUUGUAGUGUCCAAUGCCCAAAAUGGCGGAUCAGAACAGGAAAGAUUGACGACUAUAUAUCGGCUGCAGGGCGUAGACAAGUUUGUUCCCGUCCAUAAUAUGUACCUGGAACCAUCGGCAGACUGGGAGGUAUUUGAGGAUGACAACGACGUAUACUUUGUUUAUUCAAAUGCCAAAGGGAGAAAAUCACAAAUUCUGAAAGCUAAAUUUAGAUACAUUUAA